GGCUGCCCAGCACGGUGCAUGGAUGUUUUGGUGUCUUCCAAGGCAAACUCUGCAGCUCAGUCAACAUCACAACCAUCAGAAGAGCCUGGCACAGAGAGCAUUAUGAAACGAUUUGAGCUCUGAGCACAUUUCACACACGGCCGUGUUUCUGAGUGUCCUGUGAGCUAUUUCAGGAGAUGAUGACAGCGCAGCUCAGAUUUCCUGCGCAGCCUUGCAGCUGUCUGCAGGUCCUACUGCAGCAUCACGUGUUGCGCAGCAGCAGGCAGCAGAUAGGGUCUGGCACAGAGUGCUGCUCUCGGGCUGGAGCUGCUGCAGGAACCCUCGGAGCGGACACCGCUGAGCCUGUGUGUGAUGUAGGCUGUGAAAAGGUGGGUCAUCUCCCCCGGUGAAGAUCUGUACGAGCCCAGCUGCAACUCUUGUUCAUUCCUGCCAAAAACGCACAUUUAAUGGUGAUGACUACGUUGAAAAAUAGUAUUUUGGAGCUGAGAAUCUGCUCUAUCAGUCUCUUUGUCGCUGUUGUAAUUUCCACGGAAAUAAACAGGCGGCAUUACAGUCAGAGCGACCGACGUAUUUCUGCGUUGAUCUCUGCCCAAUUGCUGUGGCACAUUCCCGCUCCGCACCGCCGACCGCAAAGCUCCGCACCGCAUUCUGCCGGCUGUGACGGAAGCAGCCGGGAAGCAGGAGGUGCUCAGAGCGCGGGGCUGCGGAGCCACGCUCUCAGAACUCCCGCAGCGGCUCGGGGGGCGGUGGAGCGGAUCCUCGGAGCUGGACGCACCGCCCCGCGGGGCCGAACCGGGGAGGAGCCGCUCCGCACGGGGCGCGCAGAGGCGCGGAGAUUCACGCAGCACCAUGCGGGACUACGAGGAGCUGACUGCCUUCCUGGGCGAGUGGGGCCGCUUCCAGCGCCUCGUCUUCUUUCUGCUCAGCGCCAGCAUCAUCCCCAACGGCUUCAACGGGAUGUCGGCCGUGUUUCUGGCCGGUAUCCCCGAGCACCGCUGCGCUGUGCCGCCCGGAGCCAACCUGAGCGACGAGUGGCGGAACGCCAGCAUCCCUCUGGAGCUGCGCGGCGGACUGACGGAGCCGAGCCGCUGCCGCCGCUACCGCCUGGACGCGCUCGUCAACCUGUCGGCGCUGGGGCUGCGGCCCGGCAUCGACGUGCAGCUGGCGGAGCUGGAGCAGGAGCCGUGCCUGGACGGCUGGGAGUACAGCCGCGACGUGUAUCUCUCCACCAUCGUCACCGAGUGGAACCUGGUGUGUGAGGACGACUGGAAAGUGCCGCUGACCACAUCCCUGUUCUUCGUGGGUGUCCUCAUCGGCUCCUUCAUCUCGGGGCAGCUCUCAGACAGGUUCGGCAGGAAAAGCAUCCUCUUCUUGACCAUGGCUGUGCAGACUGGCUUCAGCUUCCUGCAGAUCUUCUCCAACAGCUGGGAGAUGUUCACAGUGCUCUUCCUCAUAGUGGGCAUGGGACAGAUCUCUAACUAUGUGGUGGCCUUCAUACUGGGAACAGAAAUUCUUGGCAAAUCAGUUCGUAUUAUAUUCUCUACGUUAGGAGUUUGCAUAUUUUUUGCAAUUGGCUACAUGUUGCUGCCCCUGUUUGCUUACUUCAUCAGAGAUUGGCGGAUGCUGCUGCUGGCUCUCACCCUCCCCGGGCUGCUCUGCGUUCCGCUCUGGUGGAUCAUUCCUGAGUCCCCUCGCUGGCUGAUCUCCCAGGGAAGAUAUAAAGAGGCAGAAGUUAUUAUCCGAAAGGCUGCAAAAAUAAACAACACCCCAGCCCCAGCCGUGCUUUUUGAUGCCACAGAGAUGCAGGAUUCGAAGCCUCAGCAGCAGCAGAAGGCUAUCCUUCUGGACCUAUUUCGAACCCGAAACAUUGCAACUAUUACUAUUAUGUCAUUACUUUUGUGGUUUUUCACCUCCGUUGGUUACUUUGGCCUUUCCCUCAGCACUCCAAACCUGCAUGGCGAUGCCUACAUCAACUGCUUCCUUUCAGCAGUCAUUGAAGUCCCAGCAUACAUCAUUGCCUGGCUGCUCCUGCGCUCCCUGCCUCGCCGCUACUCCAUAUCCAGCACCUUGGUUUUGGGAGGAGGUGUUGUCCUCUUCAUUAAGCUGGUUCCUACAGAUCUCAAUGUCCUAUCCGUUUGCUUGGUGAUGCUUGGAAAGUUUGGCAUCACAGCUGCAUUUUCAAUGCUUUAUGUCUACAAUGUGGAGCUGUACCCAACGCUGGUCAGAAACAUGGCAGUCGGGGCUACUUCCACAGCUUCCAGGCUGGGCAGCAUCAUUGCUCCCUACUUUGUUUACCUGGGUGCCUAUGACAGAUACCUACCAUAUAUCCUCAUGGGAAGCCUGACUGUGCUGAUAGGGAUCCUUACCCUGUUUCUUCCUGAGAGCUAUGGCAGUGCUCUGCCUGAGAGCUUUGAACAAAUGCUGAAGGUGAAAUGUUUCAGGAAUGGGCAACAAACCACUGGCACUAGGAAUUCAAAGGAGAGUCCUAAAACUCUCACGACACCAUUUUGAAGAAGGAUGCACACACUCAGAGGGGCUGGAAGAACAAGACUUCAAAAUGCAUUUUCUGCCACAGGAAAAUGAACAAAAACCCAACAGCCAAUGCUAUGGCACUGUAGUUAUUGUCCCUUGUGCUACUGUACCCAUGUACCUAAUUUCUGAACAGAUGCUGUCUGCUCCCAUAGGGCUCUUAGUUUGUAAUUCAGCGUUCUGAUUCCUGGAGUGUGUCAGCAGGUCCAGCUCCUGUUGAGAAACAAAGGUCUGCAUGUGCUAAACUUGAGGAGUAGUAAUACAGUGCACUCAGUCAUGUACUCCUUGAAAGCUGCUAAGAGAAAAGGAAGAAGGCAGCAGUGGUGAUGGUGGUGGUUUUCUCACGCUGUGCAUACUGACUGGAGGAAGGGAAGCUGGGUGUGCCUUUGAACAUCUCACACAUCUCUGAAGGAAAGAUCCCAGCCUCAUUUGAAAUCUGUAACCAAGGCCUGGGAUCCACUUCUGAUCCACGUGUCCCUAUAGAAGCUGAUGCUUUUUCAUCAGGCCUGAGCCUGCUGAAGCCGCUGGGCUUUGCCAGUGUUGAGGUGUAAGGACUGAGCAGGGCUCUAGCUUGCUGAUUCCUUUAGAUGGGCCAUGCCCACCUUCAAAAGAAACAGGCUUUAUCGACUAAGUGGUCCUGUUCAAACAUGCUCUGCAUUUUCAGCUUUUGUGUUUCUCAUAGUACACUGACAUAAGCAACUUCUGUAUCUUUUUGUGGUUCUUUUUCAAAGCAUUUCAUUUCUCCUCUGAAUAUAUGCUACAUUAUGCUGUACCUUCAGAGAAAACUCAACUCAGUUUUGCAAGCCUUUACAGAAACCUUUGUGCCACUUACAAAUUUAAAGGAGGUUUGAUGCUUGCAAAAAUCAGAUGUUCUGUGCAAGACAUUGUAAUGUGCAGCUAUUAAGAACUGAAAAAGGGCUCACUGGGGACCAUACUUUUUUAUUAUUUUCUUUUUUCUUUUUUUAUCCAAAGCAAAAAUAGUGCUGACAAAGCCAGUAUUUUGUUUUUCAAGACCUAUAGCUUAUGUGUGUGGUUUCUUUUUAAAGUUCAGCAAAGCCAGAUGAGACGAAAUGUUGAAUGUAGUAGAGCUUAGAUUUGUGCUACUACUGUUUUACAAGCACUGCAUAGUUCGAGAAAAUGCCUUUUACUGCUCUAUUUAAUGGUUGUGUUUGGACUUCUUGGCCGCAUGAAGUCUCUCAGGCUGGGUAGGCAGAUUUUUAUCUUCUCUGAAAACCAUUUAGUGGUGAUUCACAUUCCGUUAAGGCCAACAAAAGCACGCGGUCUCCUCUCUUAAUGUGAGAGUUCAUGGCAAUUUGUCUCAUGGUGGCGUUUUGCAGCAAGUGAGAUCUCCCUGUAAGUUCAAGCACAACUAUAAAGGUUUAUAACAUUUAAAUGCAAGGAACUCGUGCAAUCAUCUCAAGCUGCUCUUUGGAACGUAGCAACGCUACUUCCUUUAAUAUUAAUUCUCUGCAGUCAUGCUUUUUGCCAUAAAAGUCAUGUGCCAUAAGGCUAACCCACGUCCUCAUCCCUUCUCAAACUGGAAUUUCCUCAAUGACAGCAGUAUUUAAUUCUUCAUUUUACUUGUUGCAAAGUUGAUCUAUCCAAUAACUGUUUAAGCAUAACUAGAUUUCUGAACAAAACCUUCCUGUUGGCGUAGGACAGGUCUGAGGACUUGGAUAAAUGUAGGUGGCCUGUAUUUUUAUGAAGAUUUUUAUAUUAAGUUCAUACUUAUUUUAUGUGAUUGUAGGCUUAAGUAUUUCUGAAAGGUAAAUAUUUUUAUAUUCUUGAACUUUUUAGUAUCUUAAAACUAGAUUCCAUUUUUUAAAUAAGGAAGGGGGUUGUGUUUUUUUUUAAAUGCUUUGUUUUAAUUGGUCUUAUUUUUCUUGCUUUUACCAUUGAUCAAAAGCUAGUGUCAUAUUUUAGUAUUUUUAAUAGCAAAUAAAAAAAAAAAAACAAGAGUGGAAUGCAUUAUUGACAAGAAUGUGAUGUUGUUAUAUGGACUCAGUGUGUGUGAGCACAGUCAGAAUGAGAAAAUGAGAUUGCUUCAGCUGAUGAAGCACUUGUAAGGAGGAUUUCUGUCCUCUGACCAUAGCUUUCCCAGGCCAGAACAGGGAUUUCUGAAGGAACUCAAAGAGCAGCAGCCUGCUGAAGAAUCAUAGAGGGAUGAAUCUGGAGGGCAGGAGUGCCAGAUUCUGGCAAGUUACUGAAUUUUUAACUGUAAAGCUGAAGAAAACAGAAUCGGCUUAGUAGCCGUUGACAGAAAAUAAAUGCAUUUCUGAUGAGGAACCCAAGCCUUUCACUGCAGUCUUCAGUGAGCUGUGUGUGUCAGAUGCCCGGUGGGCUCACUGUGGGACCUGUGUGCUCACCUCAGCUGGGAGAUGCACACACAGCUCUGACCAGAGGAUGGGAGGGAAGCACAACUGGAUGCUCCCACCGAUCGCACUGGGCCUCAGCUCUUUCCUCUGUCACAUUUACCUGGGUCUCUCUGUGUGACUUCUUAUUGUCGGUAAGAUCUGACACUGGUUUGCUGGAUACCUUAAAGAACACACAAACACGUAGUUGUUGUCACCUGGGAACUCCUGUCUUUAUUGGAAUAAAACAUACGCUAGCAUUGUGUAACCUACUUUCUGAGUGUUUUGUAGUUGAAGAAUAAAGUCUCCUAAAUUUAA